AUGUCCAACAGCAGCUCCAUCAGCCACUUCCUCCUGCUGGCAUUGGCAGACAGGCGGCAGCUGCAGCUCCUGCACUUCUGCCUCUUGCUGGGCAUCUCCCUGGCUGCCCUCCUGGGCAACGGCCUCAUCAUCAGCGCCGUAGCCUGCGGCCACCACCUGCAUACGCCCAUGUUCUUCUUCCUGCUCAACCUGGCCCUCAGCGACCUGGGCUCCAUCUGCACCACUGUCCCCAAAGCCAUGCACAAUUCCCUCUGGGACACCACCACCAUCUCCUACACAGGAUGUGCUGCACAGCUCUUUUUCUUUGUCUUUUUCAUCUCAGCAGAAUUUUCCCUCCUGACCAUCAUGUGCUACGACCGCUACGUGUCCAUCUGCAAACCCCUGCACUACGGGACCCUCCUGGGCAGCAGAGCUUGUGCCCACAUGGCAGCAGCUGCCUGGGCCAGUGCCUUUCUCUAUUCACUGCUGCACACGGCCAAUACAUUUUCUCUGCCCCUGUGCCAUGGCAAUUCCCUAGGCCAGUUCUUCUGUGAAAUCCCUGCAAUCCUCAAGCUGUCGUGCUCCAAAUCCUAUCUCAGGGAACUGGGGCUACUUAUGGGUAGUGCUUUUCUGUUAUUUAGUUGUUUUGUGUUCAUUGUUUUCUCAUAUGUGCAGAUCUUCAGGGCUGUGCUGAGGAUCCCCUCUGAGCAGGGACGGCACAAAGCCUUUUCCACCUGCCUCCCUCACCUGGCUGUGGUCUCACUGUUCAUCAGCACUGGUAUAUUUGCUCACGUGAAGCCCCCUUCCAUCUCCUCCACAUCCCUGGAUCUGGCCCUGUCAGUUCUGUACUCGGUGGUGCCUCCAGCCCUGAACCCCCUCAUCUACAGCCUGAGGAACGAGGAGCUCAAGGCUGCUGUGAGGAGGCUGAUGACUAGAUGAUUUCAGGAACAUGAAACUCUUGGGCAAUUGCUGCAAACCACUUGUAAUAAAAGUCACCUUUGAUAUUUCUUCUUGGUUUGG